AGGAUGCUGUUAGGAGGAAAAUCGGCGCUGGGACCUGGCUACAUGCUCCGCUUAUUUGGAUGUUGAGGAAACAUGGCGACCGGCGAAAGGAAGGAGAGGGAGCAGCGACCACUUUGGAAUUAACGCAUCGUUUGAGACAUAUGGAUAUACACGGAGUGUCCCGUACCGACUUAAUUCACACAUUGGAGGUUAUCUUCAACGCUCACACCGACGCAUUUUGCCGCAAACGCUGCUUACUGGGCUGCCUUUGCCCUGACAAAGCCGCUCAAGAUGAACAUGGUGAAAAGGAUCAUGGGGCGGCCGAGGCAGGAGGAGUGCAGCCCCCAGGACAACGCGCUGGGCCUCAUGCACCUGCGACGCCUCUUCUCCGAGCUGUGCCACCCUCCUCGCCACAUGACCCAGAAGGAGCAGGAGGAGAAGCUCUACAUGAUGCUUCCUGUAUUUAACAGGGUGUUUGGGAACGCACCUCCCAGCAGCAUGAUGGAGAAAUUCUCCGACCUGCUGCAGUUCACCACCCAGGUGUCCCGACUCAUGGUGACUGAGAUCAGACGAAGAGCCUCCAAUAAAUCCACAGAGGCAGCCAGUCGAGCCAUAGUCCAGUUCCUGGAGGUGAAUCAGAGUGAGGAGGCGAGUCGCGGCUGGAUGCUUCUGACCACCAUCAACCUGUUAGCUUCCUCCGGACAGAAAACUGUGGACUGCAUGACGACCAUGUCUGUGCCCUCCACGCUGGUCAAAUGCCUCUACUUGUUCUUUGACCUGCCCCACAUGGCCGAGGCACCCGUAGGCCCCACGUCACAACCACCACAACCACCACCACCACCACCCAGCCAAGAGAAGACCCCAGGGCAAGGGCACACCCAACCCGAGGUGCCCCUGGCUGACCGUAGGGCGCUCCUCCAGAAAGUCUUUGUCCAGAUCCUGGUGAAGCUCUGCACAUUCGUGUCUCCAGCGGAGGAGCUGGCCCAAAAGGAUGACCUGCAAUUACUGUUUAGCGCCAUCACCUCCUGGUGUCCUCCUCACAACCUGCCCUGGAGGAGGAGUGCUGGGGAGGUGCUCACCACCAUCUCCCGACACGGCCUCAGCGUCAACGUGGUCAAAUACAUCCACGAGAAGGAAUGCUUGGCCACAUGUGUUCAAAACAUGCAGCAGUCAGACGAUCUCUCCCCUCUGGAGAUCGUUGAGAUGUUUGCUGGCCUCUCCUGCUUCCUCAAAGACUCCAGCGACGUGUCGCAGACCCUGCUGGACGAUUUCCGAAUGUGCCAGGGUUACGCCUUCCUCUGCGACCUCAUGCUCAGACUGGAACAGGCCAAGGAGGAUGAAUCAAAAGAUGCUUUGAAGGACCUGGUCAACCUGGUCACCUGUCUGUCCACCUAUGGCGUGACGGAGUUGAAGCCUGCUGGCUUGACAACCGGCGCCCCCUUCCUGUUGCCUGGAUUUGUUCUCCCGCAACCUUCUGGGAAAGGCCAUACAGUGCGUAAUAUUCAGGCCUUUGCGGUGCUCCAGAACGCCUUCCUACGGGCCAAAACAAGCCACCUGGCGUGCAUGCUCCUGGACGCCAUCGGAAACAUCUACGCAGCCGAACCGGCCAACUAUUUCAUCCUAGAGUCGCAGCACACGCUCUCUCAGUUUGCAGAGCGUGUGGCCAAGCUCCCCGAGGCUCAGACAAAGUACUUUGAGCUGCUGGAAUUUGUAGUCUUCAGCCUCAACUAUGUGCCGUGUAAGGAACUCUUCAGCGUUAGCGUGCUGCUCAAAUCGAGCACUUCGCACGCCUGCAGCAUCACCGCCGUGCGGACACUGCUGAAGCUGGCCAGGCACGACCCGGUGUUCAGCGACGUGCUGCGGGAGGUCGGACUGCUGGAGGUGCUGGUCAACCUACUGCACAAGUACGCGGCAUUGCUCAAAGAACCGGCCUCACAACAGCAACCACACAAUAAUGACCAAGCUGACUGCAAAAACAACACUGUGGCUGAGGAGCAGAAGCAGUUGGCCUGGCUGGUGAUGGAGACGCUGACUGUGCUCCUGCACGGCUCCAACACCACCAACACUAACGCAGCUCUGUUCAGAGAGUUCGGUGGCGCGCGUUGCGUUCACAACAUCGUGAAGUACCGCCAGUGUCGCGAACACGCCUUGCUCAUCAUUCAGCAGCUUGUCCUGUCGCCCAGCGGUGACGACGACAUGGGAACGUUGCUGGGCCUCAUGCACUCUGCACCGCCCAGUGAGCUGCAGCUGAAGACAGACAUACUGAGGGCUUUGUUAUCUGUGCUGCGAGAGAGUCACCGCACUCGGACGGUGUUCCGCAAGGUGGGCGGCUUCGUCUACGUCACCUCGCUUCUGGUGGCCAUGGAGCGCUCGCUGUGUCAGCCGCUGCGACACGGCUGGGAGCGCGUGAACCAGAACCAGGUUUUCGAGCUCCUGCACACAGUCUUCUGCACGCUCACCGCCGCCAUGCGCUACGAGCCGGCCAACUCCCACUUCUUCCGUACGGAGAUCCAGUAUGAGAAGCUGGCCGACGCGGUCAGGCUGCUGGGCUGUUUCUCAGACACUAAGAAGCUGGGGCCCACAAGUGUGUUCCCCUCCAACGCUCAGCCUUUCCAGAGGCUCCUGGAGGACGAGGCCGUCCCUGGAGGCUGUGCAGGAGACAGCGUCUGCCCUACGCUCAAGCACUGCAGCAAGCUCUUCAUCUAUCUGUACAAGAUGGCCACAGAUUCUUUUGACAGACACGGUUACUACGGUACGUCGGGCCCCCCUGCACCAGUGAAAGCACUGACUGACCUGAAGCUCCACUUAACGAACUCCUCCCACCCCAUUUCCUCAUCGUCCUCAACAGACAUGGUGGUCAUUCACCCAGGGGCCGUGCUGGCCAUGGUGGACCUGCUGCCCUCCGUCUCCUCUGACAGCCAGCCAGAGCAUGCCCUCGACCUGCAGCUGGCAGUCGCCAACAUCCUGCAGCUCCUGGUGAACAGCGAGAGGAACCAGCAGGUGUUGUGUGAAGCCUGCCUCCAUCAGCGACUGUUGCAGCGCUGCAGCCAGGCCCUCAGCGAUGAAGACCACCCUCUGCACCCGCCGCUGCAGAGGAUGUUCGAGAGGCUGGCCUCGCAGGCCCUGCAGCCGAUAGCACUCAGGGAGUUCUUACGGCUUGGAAACCCGCUGAACUGUGGCGCCUGGGACAAGAAGCUGUUGAAGAAUUACCGAGUCCACAAACCGAGCUCUCUCAGCUACGACGCCGAGAUGAGAAACAGCAUGACCACGUCCAUGGAGGGCUUCGGCCCUGACAGCGUCUUCACCGCGCCGGCAGAGGACAAUGGCCAGUAUCGCAUCAGCCGCAGCCUCGUGCGCUCCGCUGAGGGCAGCACCGUACCCCUCACCCGAGUCAAGUGCCUGGUGUCGAUGACAACCCCCCAUGACAUUCGCCUGCACGGAUCAGCUGUCACACCUGCAUUUGUGGAGUUUGACAGCUCGCUGGAGGGCUUUGGGUGCCUGUUUCUGCCCAGCCUGGCGCCUCACAACGCUCCCACCAACAACACCAAUGCUUCAGGUGUCAGCGAUGGAGCAGUGCUGAGCGGGAUGGGCACAGGUGAGCGCCUGUUUCCUCCCCCAUCAGGCCUGAGUUACUCCACUUGGUUCUGUGUGGAGAGGUUCAGCACAUCCCCUCAGGCCCACCCAGUGCGGCUGCUGACCAUCGUCCGUCGGGCCAACUCCUCGGAGCAACACUACGUGUGCCUGGCUGUGGUGCUGUCAGCCAAAGACCGCUCGCUCACCGUCUCCACCAAGGAGGAGCUGCUGCAGACAUACUCAGCGGAUGAGUCUAGCGAAGAAGCCUCCUUCUAUGAGAUCCUUCCCUGCUGCGCUCGAUUCCGCUGUGGCGAGCUGAUCGCUGAGGGCCAGUGGCACCACCUGGUGCUGGUCAUGAGCAAAGGCAUGCUGAAGAAUAGCAUGGCCACGCUGUACAUCGACGGCCAGCUCAUCAGCACUGUCAAGCUUCACUACAUCCACAGUGCUCCGGGCGGCUCCAGCUCCACCAACCCUCCUGUCGUCAGUACUGUUUAUGGGUACAUAGGGACGCCCCCUGCCCAGCGCCAGCUCUCCAGCCUGGUGUGGCGUCUUGGGCCUACCCACUUCCUGGAGGAGUUCCUACCUGCCGCCAGCGUCGCUGCCAUUUAUGAGCUUGGACCCAACUACGUGGGCAGCUUUCAGGCCGUCUACCUCCCCUGUAAGGACUCAAAGGCGGAGGUAGCGCCGGCCUCUCCGGUGGUGCUGGUGCCAGAGGAGAAGGUGUCUUUCAGUCUGUAUGCGCUCUCUGUGUUGACUCUCACUGUGGCCAAAAUCAGGAAAAGCUACAACAAACUGGACAGCAAAGCCAUCGCCAAACAGCUCGCUGUGUCCUCUCAUGAAAACGCCACUCCAGUAAAACUGAUUCACAAUGCUGCCGGUCACCUUAAUGGUCCCGCACGCACCAUCGGAGCUGCUGUGAUUGGAUAUUUAGGUGUUCGUGCAUUCAUGCCCAAACCUGUGGCCACCAACCUGCAGUAUGUGGGAGGGGCAGCGGCCAUUUUGGGUCUGGUUGCCAUGGCGUCAGAUGUGGAGGGACUGUAUGCGGCUGUCAAGGCUUUAGUGUGUGUUGUGAAAAGCAACCCACUGGCCAGUAAGGAGAUGGAGCGCAUCAAAGGUUACCAGUUGCUGGCUAUGCUCCUAAAGAAGAAGCGCUCGCUGCUAAACAGUCACAUCCUCCACCUCACCUUCUCUCUGGUGGGAACAGUUGACAGCGGCCACGAAACCUCCAUCAUCCCCAACUCCACGGCCUUCCAGGACCUGCUGUGUGACUUUGAGGUUUGGCUGCACGCUCCCUACGAGCUCCAUCUGUCUCUGUUCGAGCACUUCAUUGAACUGCUGACAGAAUCCAGUGAGGCGGCUAAAAAUGCUAAACUCCUGAGAGAGUUUCAGCUCAUCCCACGACUGCUGCUCACCCUGAGAGACACCACGCUGUCCCAGCCCACUGUCGCCGCCAUCAGCAACGUGCUCAGUCUGCUGCUGCAAGGCUUCCCCAACCCAUACGACCUGCUGCGGUUCGGCCAGUUCAUCUCCUCCACUCUUCCCACAUUUGCGGUGUGUGAGAAGUUUGUUGUCAUGGAAAUCAAUAAUGAGGAGAAGAUAGACGGAGGAAAUGAUGAUGACUUUGGUGGCCUCCUAUCAGCAAACCUCAUUCUGCUGAGAAAUCGACUGCUGGACAGCCUUCUUAAACUGCUUUUCACCACGAAAGAGAAGUGCACAGUUAAUGCCCAGGCGUGUGAGGAGCUGGUGCGAACGCUGGGCUUUGAUUGGCUCCUGAUGUUCAUGGAAGAACACCUCCACUCCACCACAGUGACGGCAGCUCUGUGGAUCCUGGUGGUGCUGCUGUCCAAUCAGUCGAUCCUCAACCGCUUCAAAGAGGGCCUGUGCGGAGGAGGCUGGCUGGACCACACCGACUCCGUCCUGACCAAUAAGAUCGGCACAGUGCUGGGAUUCAACGUGGGUCGCAGUGCCGGCGGGCGCUCCACAUUGCGGGAGAUCAACCGGGACGCUUGCCAUUUCCCAGGAUUCCCUGUUCUGCAGACACUGCUGCCCAAACACACCAACGUGCCCGAGCUCUACUUCCUGCUCAUGGCUCUCUUCCUGCAGCAGCCUGUCAUCGAGCUCCCAGACAGCCUGCAGGUACAUUUUGACCUGGACUCUAUCUGGACCUUCAUCUUUGGCGUGCCGGCAUCCAGUGGGACGGUGGUGGCCUCCAUCCAUAGUGUUUGCACUGAGGCUGCUUUCCUGCUGCUGGCCAUGCUGCGCAGCAUGCUCAACCUGCCUUGGCAGUCAGAGGAGGAAGGUUCCUGGCUCAGGGAGUACCCAGUAACACUCAUGCAGUUCUUUAGAUACCUUUACCACAACGUGUCCGACCUUGCACCAAUGUGGCACAGCCCAGAGUUCCUUUGUGCCCUGGCAGCCGCUGUUUUUCCCUUCAACAUCAGACCGUACUCUGAGAUGGUCAGUGAUUUGGACGAUGAAACGAGUUCUCCCACCGAAGAGUUCAAGGCCUUCACUGGGGACUCUGGCAUGAACCGCAGCCAGUCUGAAUACUGCAACGUGGGCUCCAAGACGUCCCUGACCAACCACCCGGCCAAAAAAUAUGUCUUUGACUUCAUGAGGGUUCUGAUCAUGGACAACCUCUGCAUGACCCCAGCCAGCAAGCAGACACCCAUCAUUGAUAUGCUCCUGGAGGCCUCCCCGGAGCGCUCCACCAGAACUCAGCAGAAGGAGUUUCAGUCCAACAUCCUGGACAGUGUCAUGGAGCAUCUACUGGCUGCUGAUGUCCUUUUAGGUGAAGAUGCCUCUUUGCCCCUCAGCAGCGGGGGCAGUUAUCAGAUUUUGGUCAACAACGUCUUCUACUUCACCCAGCGGGUGGUGGACAAGCUGUGGCAGGGCAUGUUCAACAAGGACUCCAAGCUUGUGGUGGACUUCAUCGUGCAGCUCAUUGGACAGUCUAAGAGGCGUUCGCAGGGACUUUCUCUCGACACCAUCUACCACUGUCUGAACCGGACGGUGCUCUACCAGCUCUGCCGACCCCACAAGACGGUAGCACAGCAGGUGGCCCUGCUGGAUGCCCUGCGGGUCCUGACCGUCAACCGCAACCUGGUGCUCGGGCCAGGUAACCACGACCAGGACUUUGUGGCCUGCCUAGCUCACUGCUUCAUCUGCCUGCACAGCGGGAGUAGUGUGGACGGCUUCGGUUUGGAGGCGGAGGCCAGGAUGACGACCUGGCACGUCAUGAUGCCCACGGAGAACGAGUCUGACACCACGCACAGUCACGACGUCAGCGAGGGGCGGCAGCUCCUGCUGAAGGCGGUGAACCGUGUGUGGACGGAGCUGAUGCACAGCAAGCGCCAGAUGCUGGAGGACAUCUUCAAAGUGUCUCUGCCCUGCAACGACAGAGGCCACGUGGACAUCGCCACAGCCCGUCCUGCUUUGGAAGAGCCGGCCCUGAAGAGCUGGCAGAACCACCUGGUUCAUGAGAAAAAGUACAUCAGUCGUGGGGAAGCAGUGGCACCAGCGACUCAGUCCAAACUGUCCAGAGUCAGCAGCGGCUUCGGCCUCUCCAAGCUGACCGGCGUCCGGCGCAACAAGAAGGAGAACAGCCUGAAUAAGAACAGCCUGUCUGCACAGGAGACUUUUCAGUGGAUGUUCACACACAUCGCUGUUGUCCGGGACUUGGUGGCCAUGCAGUACAAGGAAUAUCAGGAGCGGCAGCAGAACGCCCUCAAGUACGUGACGGAGGAGUGGGCAUCCAUCGAAUACGAGCUGCUGCGUGAACGAGGCCUCUGGGGCCCGCCAAUCGGCUCCCACUUGGACAAGUUUAUGCUGGAAAUGACGGAGGGGCCCUGCCGAAUGAGGAAGAAGAUGGUCCGCAAUGACAUGUUUUACAUCCACUACCCGUACGUCCCAGAGACGGAGACCAACACCAACUCAGCACAGAAACCUCUGCGUUACCGCCGCGCCAUCAGCUACGACAGUAAGGAGUAUUUCAUGCGUUUGCUGUCCGGAAACCCCGGCAUGUACCAGCACUCUGUAGAGCACAGCACCGAGGGAGAGACCACGCACCACGAGCUGGAGCAUGGAGAGGACACCAUUGCUAAAGUCAAAGGCCUGGUGAAGGCUCCACUGAAAAGGUCUCGGUCCACAGCGGACGGUGCAGAUGAGGACAGUCAGGACCAGCUUCAGGAGCAGCUAUUAGAGUCAGGAGGCCCUGAAGAGGAGCAGAAGACUGACAACACGUCCCUGCUGAGACUCCUGGAGGAGGGAGAGAAGAUUCAGCACAUGUACCGCUGUGCCAGAGUGCAGGGUCUCGACACCAGCGAGGGUCUGCUGCUGUUUGGGAAGGAGCACUUCUACGUCAUCGAUGGCUACACCAUGACCGUGUCCAGGGAGAUCAGGGACAUCGACACGCUGCCACCCAAUAUGCACGAGGCCAUCAUCCCCAGAGGAGCGAGACAAGGACAGAGCCAGUUAAAGAGAACCUGCAGCAUCUUUGCCUACGAAGACAUUAAAGAGGUUCACAAGAGGCGCUACCUGCUGCAGCCCAUGGCGGUGGAAGUCUUUUCAGCGGAUGGGAGAAACUACUUGCUAGCCUUCCAGAAAGGAGUUCGCAACAAGGUUUACCAAAGGUUCUUGGCGGUGGUGCCCUCGCUGGCUGACAGCUCUGAGUCUGUUUCAGGCCAGAGACCCAACACCAGCGUGGAACAAGGAUCUGGACUUCUCAGCACACUGGUUGGUGAGAAGUCAGUGACUCAGAGAUGGGAGCGAGGAGAGAUCAGUAACUUCCAGUACCUGAUGCAUCUGAACACCCUGGCCGGACGCUCCUACAACGACCUGAUGCAGUAUCCGGUGUUCCCCUGGAUCCUGGCCGAUUACGACUCGGAGGAGCUGGACCUCACCAACCCAAAGACAUUUCGUAACCUCGCCAAGCCGAUGGGCGCCCAGACUGACACCCGGCUAACGCAGUACAAGAAGCGGUACAAGGACUGGGAAGACCCCAACGGUGAAACCCCGGCGUACCACUACGGCACUCACUACUCGUCAGCCAUGAUUGUGGCCUCCUACCUGGUCCGGAUGGAGCCCUUCACACAGAUUUUCCUCAGACUUCAGGGAGGACACUUCGACCUGGCUGACAGGAUGUUCCACAGCGUGCGUGAAGCCUGGCUCUCUGCUUCCAAACACAACAUGGCCGACGUCAAGGAGCUCAUCCCGGAGUUCUUCUAUCUGCCUGAGUUCCUGCUGAACUCCAAUAACUUCGACCUGGGUGCCAAGCAGAAUGGGACCAAACUGGGUGACGUCAUUCUCCCACCCUGGGCUAAGGGCGACCCCCGGGAGUUCAUCAGAGUCCACAGAGAGGCGUUGGAGUGCGACUACGUAUCGGCCCACCUCCACGAAUGGAUCGACCUGAUUUUCGGCUACAAGCAGCAGGGCCCUCCGGCUGUGGAAGCGGUCAACGUCUUCCACCACCUCUUCUACGAGGGUCAGGUGGACAUCUACAACAUCAACGACCCGCUCAAAGAGACGGCCACCAUCGGCUUCAUCAACAACUUCGGACAAAUCCCCAAACAGCUGUUCAAGAAGCCCCACCCUCCGAAACGAGUACGCAGUAAAGCCAACGGUGACGUUGCCGGCGUUCCUCCGAGCUCCAACAGCGACAAGAUCUUCUUUCAUCACCUGGACAAUCUCAGACCUUCUCUUGCACCAGUUAAAGAGCUGAAAGACCCUGUGGGACAGAUUGUGUCCACCGACAAGGGCAUCCUCGCUGUAGAGCAAAACAAAGUUCUGGUUCCCCCCACCUGGAGCAAGACCUUUGCCUGGGGUUACGCCGAUCUCAGCUGUCGCCUGGCUAACUAUGACUCCGACAAGGCGCUGGUGGUGUACGAGUGUCUGUCGGAGUGGGGCCAGAUCUUCUGUGCCAUAUGUCCAAACCCAAAGCUGGUUAUCACCGGUGGCACCAGCACCGCCAUCUGUGUGUGGGAGACGGGAACCUCAAAGGAGAGGGCAAAGUCACUUACGCUCAAACAGGCGCUGCUUGGCCACACGGACGCCGUGACGUGUCUGACGGCGUCUUCGGCGUACCACAUUGUUGUCAGUGGCUCACGGGAUCGAACUUGCAUCAUCUGGGACCUCAACAAGCUCUCCUUCGUCACACAGCUCAGGGGGCACCGAGCGCCCGUCUCGGCUCUGUGUAUCAAUGAACUGACGGGGGACAUCGUGUCCUGCGCGGGCACCUACAUUCACGUGUGGAGCAUCAACGGCAGCCCCAUCGCCAGCGCCAACACCUUCACCGGCCGCAGCCAGCAGAUCCUCUGCUGCUGCGUGUCGGAGAUGAACGAGUGGGACACGCAGAACGUCAUCGUCACCGGCCACUCGGAUGGCGUUGUGAGGUUUUGGAGAAUGGAGUUCCUCCAGGUACCAGAAACCCCUGCUCCCGAACCCGUAGAGCCAGAUGUGCCUGACUGCUGUGCUGACGAGAAGAUCGAGGGCGGUGAGAGUCACAACGGUGAUGAUGACAGCAGUGAGUCGGAUGCAGACGAGCCCAAUCUGAGCCAAGAGCCCAGAGCGCCAUGCAACCCCUCGACAGGUGGAGGCAGCCAGCCGGGUAGCACCGUCCACAGACCCAGAGGUCCCUCGGCCCGAGCAGGAGCAUCUUGGUCGAUGGACAGUGGCUCUGACGACUCUCACCGCUGGUCAGACACCCUCAGCAUCGACGAGAAGGACGGAUUCGUGUUUGUAAAUUACUCUGAGGGCCAAACUAAAGGCGCUCACCCAGCUCACUCAGGCCAGGGCUCAGUGCCUCAGCCGCUGCAUCCCUCCACUAUGGAGGCACGGACAUAUAACCAGCUCAGGGCAGGCUACAGAUGGGAGCGCCAGCUGGUCUUCCGGAGUAAGCUCACCAUGCACACGGCUUUUGAUCGCAAGGACAACGCUCACCCAGCUGAGAUCACGUCCCUCGCCAUCUCCAAGGACCACAGUAAAAUCCUGGUAGGUGAUGGCCGUGGCAGAGUGUUUAGCUGGUCGGUCAGCGACCAGCCCGGCCGUUCGGCAGCAGACCACUGGGUGAAGGACGAGGUGGUGGACAGCUGCUCCGGCUGCACGGUUCGCUUCUCGCUUACUGAGCGACGCCACCAUUGUAGGAACUGCGGACAGCUCUUCUGCCAGAAGUGCAGUCGCUUCCAAUCAGAGAUCAAGCGGCUGAAGAUCUCGUCACCUGUGCGUGUUUGUCAGAACUGUUAUUACAACCUCCAGCAUGAGCGAAGCGUCGAGGACGGCUGCAGAAACUGAGCUCCGCAUCCACCCGCCGCCAGCCCCUCCUGAGGACCCGGGGAGCAUUUCAUUCCUCCAUCCGACUUCCCUCUGCAUCUCCCAAAACUCCUUCCCCAUUACCCCUCAGUAACCACGUGUACUGUACCGCACUGACAGGGUGUCGCGGGAGGGAGCGACUCAAGUACGGCGGCGGAGCUCAGCAAAGGAGAAAGGAUAUGAACGAGGACAACAGAUCGCAAAGAACAUGGAAAGAAACUCAGUCCCCACUUUUACCACCGGCACUCACCUGGAGCGGAGGGAAAAAAAACCACCUUUAAUGCAGCACGCACGAAUCAGUCAUCCGCCAUCUUUGCUUCGAGAUCAAGAAACAGGCAAAACUCCUUCAGCUUUCACAGCAGGAUGAUAAAAGACAAAAACUUGUUGAUAGUGUAAAUAGGUAUCACGACCUUUUUAACUCUAAAAGGAGCAAACACAGAACAAAAAAUAAGGUCAAUGAAGUAAAAGAAAUGCCUGUAACAUAGCGUUGUGACUAACCACUCCUGGCUUUAAAAAAACAGAAAAAAUGAUUGUGUGUAGUCUGCGUCACGAGUCACAGCGAGAAUAACACGGAGGGGAGGGAGGGAGAUGAAUGUCCAUAAUUAAUGUCUCUGGGUUGACCGUACUAGUGGGUCUAGUUAUGCAAAAUCACUUCUUUAUAAUUUCCCGAUCGUUUUGUUGUUUACAGACCUGUGAUUUAUUUUGUGAGAGUGUCAAACCGUCGCCACGCGGACAGAGAGGUUUACUCUCUGAUUGUCGUUUCCUCUUUUUUUAUUGCCAAACUGUUUUCUCGUGUCAGUUACGAUGUUUAAUUUUUAACAUGUCAUCUGUUCAGUCCUUUGUUUUCCCAUUUGGAGAUUUUUUUUAUUUUAGUUACUGCUGCUUUCUGAAGACUACAAACUUUAUCGUGUUCAGUUUGACUUUGAUUUUUCUUGUUAGAACCAUAUCACUCCUUUCAUUUUGUGGUUCCUUCUGCAUUAUUAUAAUUUGUUAUUAAGAGAGAGAAAAAAUCGGGUUCAUCUUGUGUAAAAAGGUUAAAAGUAACGCACAUGCGUCCCAUAACUGCACAUUUAGCGUCCAUCGUGUCCUUUUUUUUUGACCAUACAGCUUUAAAGCAGCUUCUUGAAUGCACACUAAAAAGGGACUUCCUCAUGAACUGUGUUUUGUUUUUUUAUUUAUCGUGUUGGUUUCUAUUGAGGAUUUGCUGGAUUUUUACUCCCCUGUGGCAUUAUCGCAGCAGCUCUCAAUACUCGUUAUCCUCACUCACUGGAGCUGCAGCCAAGCACCUUUUUAUUAAAGAGAUGUUUCAGAGUAUAUGUAGACGUUGGAGGAGGUGUCAAUAGUCACGUAGGCCGUUUGAUUUUUAAUAAAUCUUGGCGUGUUUUUGUCAUUAAAGGUAAAGACUAGGCCAAACAGACUUGCAGAGUAUUCUUGUUUCGCUUUUCUUUACCAUAUUUUACAGGUGGGGUAAAGCUGCAGGAGAGCGAGUCUGUAGCUUUCUUUUCCUACCAUUAUAUCAGUGCUAUGACUUCAUAUUCCAUCCUUGUUGCUCCUGCAGGGGAAGAGAAGACAUGGAUUUUGAUGUGACACUUUAGACUGAGAGCAUAAAAUUAACCUCAUGCCCUUCAGUUGUUGACGUUAAUAAACCUUUUGACUUGAUCUAUCUUGAUUGUAGAGUUGAUUAAUUUAAUGUUUUUCAGACGUCUUAAUUCAUUUGCAGCUUAACUGUUUAAAUGUAAAAUGACUUGGAUUGUUGCACUAACAUAACACGGGACAAACUCAAAGCUAUGGGGUGUCAUUUGUGCCAUCAGAUUAGUGACUGUCACUUUAACAGUGACGAAAUAACCCCCAACAAUCAGAUGACCCCCUGUGAGCAAGAACUUGGCGAAAGUGGGAAGGAAAAACUCCCUUUUUAACGGAAGAAACCUUCAGGAGAACCAGGCUCAGGGAGCGGUGACGGUUAUCUUAUUACUUGAGACCAGAAUCCAAAGAAAUUAAACAAAUUUAAAAUUACUUAAUUCUUCAUUUCAUCUGAAAAAGCAAAAAUCUACAAUUUCAGGCGAUUGUCGUUGGACUAAAUGCAUUUUGGAGAUUCUCUGUAGCACGAAUGUUAGCUUAUAGAAACCAAACUCCAGCCGGGACAGAGACUCAACCUGAGCAAGGAAACAUAAAAAUGUGAAGUACUCAAAGGAGUUUAAACACUAUAAAAACACAUUACUCUGCCGCACUGAGGCGGCGAUAUCAGAGGUUUUAUCUGCUUUCAUAAUGUUGAAUGUAACUUGAUCUUUUGUCAACACAAAUCCAUGUUUGGCUCUUUCUGCGUUAAAGACUGCACAUCUCUCCCCUCACUCGGUUUGUGGUUCUGUGGGCAAACUGUGCAUUCAAGGGCUGCUUUCUUUCUUUCUUUGUACGUCCCACGAGUCUUCACAGGCAUUUAGUGUUCACCCUCACCGCUCCUUAAUGUUGUAAUAAUAAUAAUAUGCACUCAUGUUAUUGUCCUCCUUUAUAUCAUUCUGCCUUUCUGUACUGUAACUUAGCGUGCAAUCAUGCCAUCCAGCUGAAACGGCCGAGUCGGCUUCUAUCAAUCGAGGAUUCCUUUUGCACCUUCACAUGUACAAAAACAGAAAAAAAACAGUCGAGUUUUUAUUGAAUGCAGUUUAACGUUUUAACUGAAAGGUGCAUUUCACAGCGGAUAAAUGAACUGUACAAAGUAUUUAUGCAAUUAUAACUGGGUUUAGAUUUUUUUUUUAAUUAUUGUGAUUUCAGCAAGUUUUGUUACUUGUUGCAUGUCUAUUAACACAGCUGACUUUCUGUGUCAGUGCAUUGUACAUGUUCGGCAUUAGAUUAUCUCUCUUUUUUGCUGGAUUUAUUCUUUUUUUGUUUUUCUUUGAGGCAUUGUUUGACGGGUCAUACCGAGCGACAGGUUUGUGUACAAAGCCGCAGAUCAUGACCCCGACUCUGGGUGGACUUUUGUACUCUCUAUGGGGGGAAAAAAAUAAUUAAGGAUUAAUCGAAAGCAAAAAAAAGAAAGAAGGGGAAAAAAAAGGAGAAAUCUGGAUUAUUUUGGUGGUCUUGUAUUAGACUGCGUUACUACAGUAUCUGGUGUGCAAUCUGUAAUAGCUGAAUGUUCCUUGUAUAUUUGUGUUCACUACAUCCUACGAGAGAAAAAAACCACAGUAGAGUAACCUCCCCGUCCCCCGUUACAGAAACAAAAUGUUACAAUAAUGCAAUAGAUCUGGUACUUAUUCUUUUUAAUUUCAUUUCAAUAAAAAAUUGCUGUUUCCCACCAAA